GAAAAACUGGAGCAAUUUGAAGCGGAAUCCACAAUUAUCCCAGGAUGGCACCCCGUUCGGCCACCGCGAUUUUGUUCGCAAUUCUUUUUCAAUUUGUUCUGGCGUCUAAUCGGAAAAAUAUUCACCCCCAAAAUCCGUACCUGACUGAAAUUCAAAGUGCGAAACUAGAGCCCUUGUUGGUGGAAAUGGCGACGAGAAACGAAUCGGCGCUACCGAAACUUGAAACCUCUGAAAACGCCAAUGCGCGGAAAAUGACCGGGUACAUCGUGAACGGGGUGGAAACGACGGCGGCGCAAUUCCCGUACCAGGUGGCGCUGAUGGUGGACAAUCGAAUCUUCUGCGGCGGCUCCCUGAUCGCCGCCGACAGGGUCCUCACGGCCGGCCACUGCUGCCAAGGGUACUCUAGCUGGGUGGCUUACAUGGGGACGACCAAACUGCCACCGCCGGGUGACGUUGGCACCGUCACGGUCAAAGGCAAGAAGUGCGUGAUCCACGGCGGCUACAACAAGACCUACUUCUUCAACGACAUCGCCGUCCUCUUCCUCGAACAGCCGCUCAACGAAAGCGUGCUCCAGUCCGGUCGCGUGAGGUUUAUAGAACUGGUUCCUUCCACCUUCAACGCGACCAACCUGAAGUGCAAUGUCAGUGGAUGGGGUCUGGACAAAAACAGCGACAAAGGUGGCGCCCUUCUGCCAAGGCUGAACUACGUGACCCUGAGCGUGGUGCAGACGUCAGUGUGCGAAGAAUUCUACAGCUUGUUGCUCAACACUUACAAAAUCAUCUGCGCCAGUGGCGAAGGAAAUCGCUCCACCUGUCAAGGCGACAGCGGAGGGCCGUUGGUGUGCCGCAACCCCGUCAGCGGCAGGGUGGUGCAGGUGGGCGUGGUCUCGUUUGGGGGCGCCUCGUGCACCUCCAGCUACCCCCUGGGCUUCACGGCGGUGCAGAAUUACCGACAGUGGAUCGACGAACCGCUCGUCUAUGCACUAUCCGAAGCCAAGAAGCAGAGCAAACAAUCCUUCGCCAACAAGAAAGCUGGCCGCGGCAACAAAUACAACCAUCAAUGGCAUCAAUGAAAGGCGAAACAGAGAAAUUAUAUGAUCAAUUCAAAAAUGAAAGAAAAUAGUUAAUUCGGAAAAGAGUAAAAAUUUAAAUGUACUUCACACAUUUUUUAUGUUUCUAUCGAUAUUUUUCUGUUUUUCAUAAAUUAAUUUUAAAAAACGUUUUA